CGACCAUCACAAACAUCACUACCAUCACCAACCAUCACAAACAUCAUUACCACCACCAACCAUCACAAACAUCAUUACCACCACCAACCAUGCGUCGACUGCACGUGGCAGGGUCUCUGCUGUUGCUGUCCGUCUUACUCCAGGUGCUCCGGUUGACAGACGCAGAAUUAUCAGAUGCCCAGAGCGUGGACGGCGUUCAGCACGGCGUGGCGUGCCCAUCGGAGUUCGAGGGCUACUGCGUCAACGGGGAGUGCCGUCUCAUCGCCCUCCACAAGGCGACGUGCCGGUGUCACGACCACUUCAGCGGGGAGCGUUGUCUCUUCUACCUGGAAUUCACGUCCUCGGAGCGGGAGCCGGGGCUCGGCUCGCUGCCGCUCGGAGUCGGUCUCGCGUUCCUCGCCCUGGCGCUCGUGGGAGCCACGGGCUGUCUCGCGUUCACGUGGUACGUGGGGGGGUUUGUGGGGUAUUGAUCCAUCCAUCAUCGAUACCACAGGACGGCAGGGUGGUGACUACGCAGUGGCAACACGCUUGCCCCGCAGCAAGAAGGGUCUGGGUUCCACUCUCAACUUGGGCGCUUGUCUUGAGUGGAGUUUGUAUUCUCUCCCCCUGUUCUGCAUGGGCUGAAUAAUUGCUUGCAAAUUACUCAUUUGGGAUUACACUGAAACUAAACAAGCCAGGAGGCCAGCAACAAAUAGCGCUCACAAUAUGCCUGCUGGUCAG